AUGGGGUUCACUGCAUCAUUAUCAGAUACCAGUUUAUUCACAAAGAAGGAUGGUGAUGAUCUUGUGAUUUUAUUACUCUAUGUUGAUGACAUUAUCCUCACAGGUUCCAACACUUCCAAGAUUAAUAUAGCAAUCCAAGAAUUGUCUGAAGUAUUUGAUUUGAAAGAUCUUGGCAGACUCACAUUCUUUCUCGGGUUACAGAUUGACUAUAAGGAUAAUGGAGAUAUCUUUGUGAAUCAAACAAAGUAUAUCAAGGACCUUAUACACAAAGUAGGUUUGGAGUCAUGUAAACCUGCUACAACUCCCUGCAAGCCUCAUAAUUCGAUGCUUGUGACAGAAGGUAAACCAUUGGCUGAUCCUAGUAUCUACAGAAGUAUUGUGGGGUCUCUUCAAUAUUUGACAUUCACAAGGCCAGAUAUAGCCUUUGCAGUGAAUUCGGUAUGUCAAUUCAUGACUUCACCAACUGAUGUUCAUUUAACAGUAGUGAAACGAAUUCUGAGAUACUUGCACGGUACAAUUCAAGCUGGUAUUUGCUAUUCUGCAACUGCAGCAGUAAGUUUGAAUGCAUUUUCAGAUGCAGAUUGGGCUGCAGAUCUUAACACCAGACGAUCAGUGACAGGUUAUGUAGUUUUCCUUGGACAUAAUCCUAUUUCUUGGCAGUCAAAGAAGCAAACUUCAGUUUCCCGAAGCUCCACAGAAGCUGAGUAUAAAGCAUUAGCUCAUACAGCUACAGAUAUUACAUGGGUGCGCCAUAUUUUAAAAGAUUUAAAUGUUUUUCUUCCUCAUCCACCUGUGAUCCAUUGUGAUAACAUGUAUGCGAUAUCAUUGAGUGCCAAUCCUGUAUUUCAUUCAAGAAUCAAACAUUUGGACACAGAUUAUCAUUUUGUCCGAGAAAGAGUACAACCAGGUGAUCUGAAGGUGGUGUAUAUUCCUACAGAUGAUCAAGCAGUUGACAUUCUAACAAAGGGAUUGCACAGUCCUGCGUUUGUUAAGCAUUGUUACAAUCUGCAACUAGGAAAUCCUAGUUGA